GUGCUUAAAUUCUUGGAGAAGAAAAGAAGAAAGGAAUCUUCUCUCUGGAAGCAGCCUGAAUCUCUUUCGGAUGAACAGAGGAUAUUGUUGCAGCAAAAGGUGGAAAGCUAUACCAAACUGCACCCAGCUUCUGCAAUGUCAGAAGAAAUGAGCAGAGAACUUCAUCAUCAAGCCCAGGAAAAACUAGCCCACUAUAUGCUGAGAAAAAGAAAAGAUCAGAAAGCAAAAGAACAUCGAGAAGCUUUGCUAGCCCAAGUUCAUACAGAUGUGGAUCAAUUGUUAAGUGCUCCAAGUCUCUCAGAAUGUACCAUGAGGGAUCUGAAUGUCUUUAUGAGCAGAUCAGUUCCUGUGGUAGCUAAAGCCAAACAAUCCCAUAAUACAAUAUUAAAAUAUAUGCAGUGGCCCUGGUGGAAGAAACUUGAAGAAGGCUUCUUUAAAGAAGAGGUUGAUUUGGUGGAUCCUACAACUGCUGAACUGGAGACUUUGUUCAUUGGUGGAAGCAGAGCAUGAUUAUUAUAGAACAUAUUCUAACGAAGUAAUUGUGCACUUUUUCUUCAUGAUUUCCCCCCAAAAUAUAUUAGCUAUUAUCUACUGAAUUCAUAGUAGAAUUCUACAUUCCAGAGAUUGAAUUCUGUGUAGAAAGUCUGAAUUUGACUGCUCAGAUUUCAGAUGAACUGUAGAAGUGUAUUGUAUACAGUUUUAUACACUAAGAAUUGUAUAAUUUUGACUAAAAUGACAUUUAAAACCGGAUGCUGUAGAUUUAGAACUAUGGGUACACAGAAUAAACAAGGAGGGAGAUCCCAAAUUACCAUAGAUGUAUGCAUAUGUGUUGGGGAAUAGUUUUUCUUGUGAAUAAUCACCCUGUGUUCAUAAUAUGGAGUCUUUCUGUCUGUUUAAAUGUUAAGACAGCAUCUGAAUUUGAAUAUAAGCAUCUUGGCUGUGUGCCCUUUACUACAUGUGCUUGGUGAUUCCUCAACUCCUCUCAUAGACAUAGAAAAGUUCUAUUCUUUUAGACAAAGACAAAAACAGAAUUCCAGACUUGUGAAGCAAGAGGUUUCCGUAUCUAAACUAGGAAAAUAAAUAAGAGUGUACUGAAUUUCCCCAGCAGGAUUCAGAUUAUUUUAAAUCCUUUGUUACAGAAAUCAGUAAUUGCUCUAGUUAGACAUUGCAUUGUUUUAAUUUCUUCUGCCUGAUUUAAAAGCCUUGUUCUCUCCCCUCCUUUAUUUCUGCACAUUUAGGACAUUCUGAGUAAUUUCAGACUGAAUUCAAGAUUUACUUAAUAUCUAGGAUGAUAACAAAUUUUCAAAAACAUCUCUUUCCCAAUAUCUCUAAUUGUAGUCAACUGGGACCAUACUGUGUUUGCUCAGAGUAGUGAAUGUGUUUUUGUAGAUCAAAUUCAUAUAUCUUUUGAAUUACUUAAAUAAACAUC